CUAAGAGUAUAAUUAUCUUUUACCCUUCAUUAAAAGUGAGGGUAAAAGUGGUUAGUGUAAACAUGAAAAAUGGUACUACGAAUGUGGUAUUUGUGAUAAUUUCCCAUUAUUUUUUGGUGUUAUUUUUAUUUCUUAUUCUUAUUAUUAAGUUGCAAGAAUAACAUUUAUUUGUUACUUAAUUUGAAAAUAGUAUUUAUUUGUUUUUUUAUUUUUUCUAAAUAUUUUAUUGGAAAUGGAAGUAUCUUUUCAAAAUAUUUUCAAAAUAUCUUCCUCCAAAAGAGAAUAUUUUGAAAUAUUAAUUUUUUUUUAUUUACAACAAGUGCCUUAUAUUUACAAAAAUUAAAAAUGAACUCUAUUUACUUUUAAAUUUUCCAAGAUUUUAAGAGAAUUAUAAAAAAUUGAAAUAAAAAUUUAUUUAAAAGACUAUUAUGUAAAAAAAAAAAUCUCAUUCUAUUUUAUUUUAAUAAAAACUGUUUUUCCAAAAUAAUGUGUUUCAGUUAUAAUUAUUUAAGUUUGAAAGCUAAAAGACCAUUUGAAAAUAACAAAUUAUGAUUUUAUAAUAAAGAAAUACAAUUUUAUAAGAAAUAGUAACCUCUAUUUUAAGUAAGAAAUGAAAAUAACAACAAACAUGAAAUGUUAUUAUCUAAUACAUUACAUAUUGAUUUUUUUUGUCAACAUGGUUGGUUAGUUUGAGCGUUUAUUCAGUUAUUAUGAGAGGUAUUUCACAAUACAUGUAUACAUAUAUCCUUAGUUUUAUUUACUUUGAUUAAUACAAUGUUUAAAGUUGAGUUUAGUUUAACAUUCUUGUGCUUUUAAUUUAUAUUGAGAUUUUGUAGGUUUUAGUAAUUCCAAGAAUUUGGUUUAAUAACAUCAAACUAUAUAUUUGUUUAUUUAGCUAGAUAAUUCUUUAUAUAUUAAUACAAUAAAAAGUUCUUAAAGAUAACAACAUAUUUUAAAAUAAAAAUAUUAAUGUGUUUAUCCAAAAAUAAUGUUUUUAAAUCAAUAAAAGUUCAAAAUAAUUUUAAGAAAUUGAAAAAUUUGUAAAACUAAUAUAAGUAUAAUGUUUUAUUUAAAUUUGUUUUGUCUUUAAACUAAUAGUAUAUUUAUUAAUAAGUAUCAAUAUAUUAUUAUGCCCGCAUGUGUGGGCAAAACACCUAAUAAUUAGUAAAGAUGUAGAGAUUAUUAGGUCAGUGGCAUAAAUUAUAAAUAUUAAGAAAAAUUAGAGUUAAUUUCUAAUUGUACUUCACUUUUAAUAGAUUAGAUAUAUUGUAAUAAUAAUAGAGAUAAUUUAUUUUUGGUUAGAUAAUUAAUUCUGCUUGUUUUUUUGGUUAUGCCGCCCAAUCGCCCACCCUAUUUUCUGUAAAUCAUUUUAAAAAAUAUUGUUCCGGUCGUUGAUGUUUGCACUCGAGACCUUUCCAACUCUUGUCUUUGGCUGACGAGGGACGAAACACUAAGAGCUGCCGACGCCGCACUUUCGGUGUAAACAGCUCCAACAUCACUCUCUCUCUCUCUCUCUCUCCUGAGUUGCGUUUGAGUUUUUCAUCAGAAGUGAAAGAAAAUGGCCGGUGGUAGUGAAGGAGGAGGAGCAGCGCUGCCCCCAAAACAGGAUGAGCUUCAGCCACAUCCGGUGAAAGAUCAACUUACUUCUGUCUCUUAUUGCGCCACCAGUCCUCCUCCUUGGCCUGAGGCAAUACUUCUGGGGUUUCAGCAUUACUUGGUGAUGCUUGGAACAACGGUACUCAUCCCAACAUCUUUAGUUCCACAAAUGGGUGGAGGAAACGAGGAGAAGGCAAAGAUGAUUCAGACAUUGCUAUUUGUUUCUGGACUCAACACUUUAUUACAAAGCUUCUUUGGAACUCGUCUUCCUGCCGUUAUUGGAGCCUCUUACUCUUAUGUACCAACCACGCUUUCGAUCAUCUUGGCUGCUCGGUACAACGACAUUUUGGAUCCUCAAGAGAAGUUUGAGAGGAUCAUGCGUGGAAUACAAGGUGCUCUUAUCGUUGCCUCGCUUCUUCAGAUCGUUGUUGGCUUCAGCGGCCUCUGGCGCAAUGUAGUUAGGCUCUUGAGUCCUCUCUCUGCAGUUCCUCUGGUUGCACUCGCAGGUUUUGGACUUUAUGAACUCGGUUUCCCUCUGCUAGCUAAAUGCAUUGAGAUUGGAUUGCCUGAGAUUAUCCUUCUACUCAUAUUCUCUCAGUACAUUCCUCAUCUCAUGCGAGGAGAAAGAGAUGUUUUCCAUCGAUUUGCUGUGAUUUCUUCUGUGAUUAUUGUCUGGAUUUACGCGCAUUUUCUCACCAUUGGUGGGGCCUAUAAGCACGCAGGAACCAACACUCAGACAAGUUGCAGAACAGAUCGAUCUGGCAUCAUAAGCGCCGCCCCAUGGAUAAGAGUGCCUUAUCCUUUCCAAUGGGGAGCUCCAACAUUUCAUGCUGGUGAAGCUUUUGCUAUGAUGGCUAUUUCAUUUGUUUCACUUGUUGAGUCCACAGGGACUUACAUUGCUGUAUCAAGGUUUGCAAGCGCAACUCCUCCCCCACCGUCUGUUCUCAGCCGCGGAAUCGGUUGGCAGGGUGUUGGAGUUCUUCUCUGUGGAUUAUUUGGAGCAGGAAAUGGAGCAUCUGUAUCAGUAGAAAAUGCUGGUUUGUUAGCGCUAACACGCGUUGGUAGCAGAAGGGUAGUUCAAAUUUCAGCUGGUUUCAUGAUUUUUUUCUCCAUUCUUGGAAAAUUUGGAGCCGUCUUUGCUUCUAUUCCAGCUCCUAUAUUUGCAGCAUUGUAUUGCCUGUUCUUUGCAUAUGUUGGUGCUGGUGGUCUAAGCUUACUUCAGUUCUGCAAUCUAAAUAGCUUCAGAACAAAAUUCAUUCUUGGUUUCUCGGUUUUCAUGGGAUUAUCAAUACCACAAUACUUCAACGAGUAUACAGCUAUUAACAAGUAUGGACCAGUUCAUACAAAAGCCAGAUGGUUCAAUGAUAUGAUCAAUGCUCCAUUCUCUUCUGAAGCAUUUGUUGCCGGGAUGUUAGCAUUCUUUCUUGAUGUAACAUUGUCAUCUAAAGAUAGUGCCACGAGGAAAGACCGAGGGGUGUUUUGGUGGGAUCGUUUCAUGUCGUUUAAAUCCGAUACUAGGAGUGAAGAGUUUUACUCUUUGCCUUUCAAUCUUAACAAAUAUUUUCCUUCUUUGUGA